UCUCUUUUUAUUUUCUUUUUGUACACGAUGGCUACUGUGAAUAUUUCUAAAGAUAAUAAAACCACACUCUUUAUCGGCGGUGUGGAUCAACAAGUGACAGAAGCGAUUUUACAUGCAGCCUUUAUUCCAUUUGGUGAAAUUGUAGCAGUUCAAUUAUCCCUGGACAACUCACGAAAUGCCAAACAUAACACACACAAGGGCUUUGGUUUCGUCGAAUUCGAAUUACCUCAAGAUGCAGAAGCAGCCAUCGAUAAUAUGCAUUUAAGCGAAAUUUUGGGUAAAGUCAUUAAGGUCCAACUCGCCAAACCUCACAACAUUACAGCAACCUCUCAUCGUGCCGUUUGGACCGAAGAAUCUUGGUUACAGAAAUACGCCAAUGCCGAAGACGAGACAAAAGAGGCACCAGAGACGACAGAAAAAGCCACAGCCAACAGCGAUGAAGAUUCAGACGAGGAGGAAGCACCCAAGACAAAGAAAAGUGCUUCUAGUAGCCAAGGAGGCAAAUCACGUGUGUAUUUGGAUAUUCAGAUUGGAAAUUCAUUAGCAGGACGUAUUGAGAUUGAACUUCGUGGUGAUGUUGUACCCAAGACUGCAGAGAAUUUUAGAGCUUUAUGUACAGGUGAAGUGGGCUAUGGUUUCAAGAACUCAGUCUUUCAUCGUAUUAUUCCCCAAUUUAUGUGUCAAGGAGGUGAUAUUACCAAGGGUAAUGGUACAGGUGGUAAAUCGAUUUAUGGAGCUAAAUUUGCUGAUGAAAAUUUCAUCUUAAAGCACACAGAACCUGGAACUUUAUCCAUGGCUAACUCAGGACCUAAUACAAAUGGAAGUCAAUUCUUUAUCUGUACUGAAAAGACAGCUUGGUUGGAUGGCAAACAUGUGGUGUUUGGACGCGUUGUAUCCGGUAUGAAUGUUGUACGUGAAAUGGAAAAAUGUGGUGCUGCCAACGGAAAAACUUCCAAGCGUGUUUCUAUUGUAGAUUGUGGUCAACUUUAAAUUUUGAAAUAAAAUGGUGUGCGGGGAGGGCAAAAAAAAAGAGAAAGAAAAUAAUAUAUUUAGUGAAAAGUUUUUUUUUUUUUUAAAGAAAAAA